AUGCCUGACAAGAAAAAUGCCGCCGCCUGCUCCAGGGAGAACCCCAACAAUGCCGUCGCCGAAACGCAUUUGUAUAAUGAACCAUAUAGUGAAAAUAUCGUCGUGGACCUUGUGAAUGCCUGGAAAGCGAUUGUCUCUCGUACCCCUCUCUAUCCAGAUGAGUUCUUCCAGUACAGUCUUUACAUGAGCGACAGUUUGGGGGCCCUUAGGGGAUUGCCAACUACCAGACAUGAAAGUUGCAAUUUCCAUAGCUACACCUUGCCCGAACCCUCCAAGGCAAAAGUGAGUGUUGUGAUCAGCUUCCACAACGAAGCCCGCUCCAUGCUGCUGCGGACCAUUGUGUCCCUGAUAAGACGCACCCCGGAGGAGUACUUGCACGAGCUAAUCGUCGUCGACGACAGGAGCCUGGACGCGACUCUGCUGGAUGACCUCGAGCGGUGGUUGGGUCGAGUUUUCGCCACUCGGAGUCGGCUGGGUCUCAUCUUCCUAAGGAACUUGGAGCGCCGGGGCCUGAUUUGGUCGCGCAACAGGGGCGCCAUCGUUGCCAGUGGCCAUUACAUCCUCUUCCUGGACAGUCAUUGCGAGGUAAACGAGGGCUGGCUGGAGCCCCUGCUGGAGAGGCUGGCGUUGAACCCCCGCCUGGCGGUCAGCCCUGUCCUGGAUCCCAUUGACCCGGAGACCCUGAGCUACCGGAAGGGCAACGCGAUGCUAAAGGGUGGCUUCGACUGGUCCCUGCACUUCCACUGGCUGAAACGCCGGUUGACAAGCAAGGAGCGUCCGGAGGCGCCCUACAAAAGUCCAUCCUUUUCUGGAGGUGUCCUGAUGAUAUCACGCGAAUGGUUUCUCAAGCUAAACUCCUUCAAUCCCAAUCUUAAGAUCUGGGGCGGCGAGUCCAUCGAGCUGGCCAUUAAAUUGUGGCUUUGCGGUGGACAAAUUGAGAUCGUGCCCUGCAGUCGAAUUGGACAUAUCUUUCGUCGCUUCCAUGCCUUCGAGUUCCCGCCAGAGAGGGACUUUACUGAGCACGCCAGUUCACAGAGGAGUUUCGCCCAGUCCACCUACUUGCACAACUCAAAAAUCAUAGCCGAGUCCUGGCUGGACGAGUACAAAAAUAUGUUCUACGCACUGAAGCCAGCGGCCAAGGGAAUUCCAUUGAAUGACACCACCAUCGAAGAGUUGCACCAGUUCCGGCGGGAGAAGCAGUGUCAUCGCUUCCACUGGUAUUUGUGGAAUGUCAGUCCCGAACUAAGAUUUAACCUCGAAGAGCUAGCUGCCACAGGAACUUUGCAAAACGAGGAUCGUUGCCUUCACGCCAGAAACCAAAAGGACUCACAGACAGGUCGGCAACUGAUCCUUACCAGCUGCUACAGCAAGGACAUUACCCAGUGGAGCCUGUUCCGCGUCACCGGGCAGUUGAGUACCCAAAGGGAACUUUGCCUGGGGGUCGGAUUUGGACGUAUUCUUAGCCUGGGACCGUGUGGCCAAAACGAGACCCUGAGGCAGUCGCAGCAAUGGGUGCGAACGGGGACUCAACUGAUGCACGCCGCAACGCACCUGUGCCUGGAUAAUCCGAUCAAGGACCAACUGGAGUUGAACUCCUGCCGCUCGCAUGCAGUAUCACAGUCCUUUCAAUUUGCAUUGGAAAUGGAGAGGCAAACAUAAACUUGGCUAAUGAUACCGACACAGAUACCAAUGCUGAUUCUGAUUCGAUGAACAUGAGCUCCUAAACCGUGAGUUGGAGUGAAUUGGAGACGGAGAUGUAGUUAAAUCUCUGGGCGUGCAGGUAAAUCAAAAUGCUGACAUGUUGUGCUAAUCUCUGUGAAACAUUUCCGCUGCCGGAGCAACAGAGUCCGUCAUAGAUUACGGCUCCGGCUGAGGGGAAGCAGUAAAUUAUGGCGCCAUAGAUAUACGAAAAGGUGCGGCACUCUUCUCCAGUUUCAACUUCUUGUUGGAUGUUGUGGGUUUUCAUA